UUUCAGCUUCCAUAACUGCUCUCUGUCGCCAGCUGCAAAUUGCAGUCAUAAUAUUAAAAGACUUUCUACACGCCUUUCUGCAAGACGUUUUUAAGUCGAGGACGAAGCAGUACCACGAUUAUUUCUGCAGCGCAGCCAUGCCAUUCUCAGCGUUUCCAGUGAGCACGAGUCCGACACUGAAUCUGACGUACAAAAUCCCAACGGAACAGUUCGUCGCGGCAGAUCUGUAUUCUAAUAACCAGCGUUACAGCUGUAAUGUUGAUGUAGAGGCCGGACCUAAUUAUCCGCAGAUCCCAUCGUCAACGUGGACCGUAACACUUAAUAUUGCAGUCAUUAAUGGCAGCAGUGGCGUAGGGAGGUAUGGGGCCACGGGGCCGUGGCCCCCCCCAAAAGGAAAAUUUUUAACAUAGGGCCUAUGGACGUGGCCCCCCCCAAAGCCAGUACUUAAGGCCCCCCAAAACCGAAACCUCACUACGCCGCUGAAUGGCAGCAUCGUGGCCAACGUGCAACCGAAAGGACCGUCCACAGAGUUCAAAUCCCUUGGAACAUUGGUUGUGGAAUGUCGAGUUCGUUCGGGAUUAAAAGGACCAAGCGACAAUGUAGUGCAAAUCCAGUCAACAGGGUGGAAAUCAGUCUCCGAGAAAACGGGAGAUCUUCGUCAGCUUGUACAAGAGACACACUUUCCAGGCGUAAAUUCUCGUCAACUUUACUCUAUGAAGAAGAAUGCUUUUGUUUAUGUCGAUCUGACAUUCUACAUUGACACCGAAUCUCUGGAUGCCGCGAUUAAUCGCGCCGAUUUGAAGAACCUGCUGGAUUCCCAUACGCUUUCGGACUGUACGUUGAUUUGCGAGGGACAUCAGUUCUCCGUUCAUCGCGCCAUUCUGGCUAGCCAGUCAUCCGUCUUCGCGGCCAUGUUCCAGAACGACAUGCUGGAGAAAUCCACGGGAAUCUGCAAAAUCAACGACAUCAGCGCCGAUGCGCUGAAAGCGAUGAUUCACUUUGUGUACACCCGAGCGGAUGUGCCAACAAACGCUAAGUUGAUGGAGCUGUGGAUGGCGGCUGACAAAUACGACAUGGCGGAUCUGCGCGCUGAAUGUCUGCGUGUUAUGUUGCAGGCGGCGAGUGAAGCGUCGGUGGAUCAGGCAUUGUCCUAUUUGAACUUUGCGCAGGAGCACAAUCUUAAGAAGCUGCGAGCGGCAGCCGCACGAGUGGUCAGCAUGGAUACUGACACUUCUUGAUUGAAAAGCUGCUGAGAACAGCUGCCUGUUUGUAUAGAUUAUACCGAUACUUGAAAUUUGGAAAAUAUAAAUGUACCGAUCAUUACAUUUUUACGAAUUAACUGUAUUACAUCUAUAUAUUUGUAUAGAUACUUGGCCAUAUUUUUCUAGACUGCUCGCGUUUAUGAUCUCCGUCAGUUAUAAUCUCUGUUUAGAAUGUCUGGCUUCGCGUUUAUAAUCGUCAGAAUUGAAUUUUGAUUAUUGUGCGGUAAUUCAUGUUCAGUGUCCUGU